AUGUCCAACAAGACUCUCUUCACCGGCACCCAAUCCGAACAAAACACCAAAGCCGCAGACGAGCUCCUCGCAAUCACGACAAGCUUGCAGAACAUGACCCUCAAGGAGAAGGACGCAAGGCUCUCAGGUCCGAUCGCACCCGCCGACGCCACCUCCCUCGCCUCAAUCAACGACUUGUUGCAGGCAGAGAGUGUCGACAUCAGCAAGCGUGAAGAAGCCAUCGAGAGCCAGGAGCAAGCUGUGAGCGAGCGCGGGAAGGAGCUCGACGAGCGGGAGAAGGAACUGAUCAAGCGCGAGCUGGACUUCAUCGAGCGGGAAGAGGACCCUGUGAACCUCUCCCAAGAAGGCUGCAAAGACAUCCUGCUGGGCCUGCGAGCCGGAGUCGCGAGCUUCGCUCUGGAUCUGCUGUACAUGACGGAGGGUGACCUUCCGGGCUACAAAGAGACGGUGGCUGCCAACGUCAAAGAGAUGCGCCAGUACGCCGCUUUCAAAGACGUGAUCGACGAAGCUGUGGAGGACCGCGAGGGAGGCGUGAACAUUGCUGAGGUCAAGAGUGAAGCUCAGAAGCUCAAGGUCCGUAAGCUUAGGGAGGAUUGUCGCAAGUGCGGGGGGACGAAGAAGGUGAUUUCGUAUUACAAGGCCAAAAGGCUUGCCCCUGUCUCCAACAGCAAAGCUUUACUGGCGCAGAGGGGGGUCGCUCAGAGCGGGACGGAGACUCUGAGAUGGGGUGACGGGUGGCGAGGCGGUCUAGAGACCUGGUGGCAGGGCCAAUGUGCAGGGAACGACGCUUGA